UAAGUAAAGCGGAGUGUUUGCAAUAGCCAUGUCACGUGACAACGCGGCUAGAACAGGAAGUAGAGGAGCUGAACGUCGACGGAGAGGAGAGGACACAGGGCAUUGACUCGUGUCUCAUCUUCACGAUGGUCGACAUUGGUGCACCCAUUGCAUUUGGAGUGUCAGCCUUUGUGAUCUUCAUUAUUGUCAUCGUCGCAUGCUGCACUUGUUCCUGCUGUUGUCUUUAUAAUGCAUGCAGAAAUGAGCCAAGACCUGUUGUAAUUCCUACAACAACCACAACAGUGGUGCAAGUGCCUUGUCGGCAACCACAAGGGGCUGUACAAAUGUACCCUACUGGAUACCAGCCUGUGCCUGUGCAGUUGGGUUAUAUCAAUCCUCCAGUGCCUUCAGCUCCCUACCCAACUCAGCAUUAUCUUCCACCACAUUUCUCUGGACCACCACCUCCAUAUCAAGAGACUGUUCCAGUUGCAAUGGGAAUGCCCGUCUAUGACCCUGCACGGCCUUCAUACCACCCUGACCAGCCAGCCUUCAAUCCAGCUUAUGGGGACCCUUCAAAGUCCUCAUAGUGAAAAAGGAUAUUCUGAGACAAUCUGAAACUUGCACAGUUCCAGUUCUUAUCUUCAUAUUACUGUUGUUUUGACCAAAUACAGUGGUGUGAAAAACUAUUUGCCCCCUUCCUGAUUUCUUAUUCUUUUGCAUGUUUGUCACACAAAAUGUUUCUGCUCAUCAAACACAUUUAACCGUUAGUCAAAUAUAACACAAGUAAACACAAAAUGCAGUUUGUAAAUGGUGGUUUUUAUUAUUUAGGGAGAAAAAAAAUCCAAACCUACAUGGCCCUGUGUGAAAAAGUAAUUGCCCCCUGAACCUAAUAACUGGUUGGGCCACCCUUAGCAGCAAUAACUGCAAUCAAGCGUUUGCGAUAACUUGCAAUGAGUCUUUUACAGUGCUCUGGAGGAAUUUUGGCCCACUCAUCUUUGCAAAAUUGUUGUAAUUCAGCUUUAUUUGAGGGUUUUCUAGCAUGAACCGCCUUUUUAAGGUCAUGCCAUAGCAUCUCAAUUGGAUUCAGGUCAGGACUUUGACUAGGCCACUCCAAAGUCUUCAUUUUGUUUUUCUUCAGCCAUUCAGAGGUGGAUUUGCUGGUGUGUUUUGGGUCAUUGUCCUGUUGCAGCACCCAAGAUCUCUUCAGCUUGAGUUGACUCUCACUGUGGUUCGCUGGAGUCCCAAAGCUUUAGAAAUGGCUUUAUAACCUUUACCAGACUGAUAGAUCUCAAUUACUUUUGUUCUCAUUUGUUCCUGAAUUUCUUUGGAUCUUGGCAUGAUGUCUAGCUUUUGAGGUGCAUUUGGUCUACUUCUCUGUGUCAGGCAGCUCCUAUUUAAGUGAUUUCUUGAUUGAAACAGGUGUGGCAGUAAUCAGGCCUGGGGGUGGCUACGGAAAUUGAACUCAGGUGUGAUACACCACAGUUAGGUUAUUUUUUAACAAGGGUGCAAUUACUUUUUCACACAGGGCCAUGUAGGUUUGGAUUUUUUUUUUCUCCCUAAAUAAUAAAACACCAUCAUUUAAAAACUGCAUUUUGUGUUUACUUGUGUUAUAUUUGACUAAUGGUUAAAUGUGUUUGAUGAUCAGAAACAUUUUGUGUGACAAACAUGCAAAAGAAUAAGAAAUCAGGAAGGGGGCAAAUAGUUUUUCACACCACUGUAUCUAUCAGCAUAGCUCUGAAAAAAUAUAUUUACCAUACUUUCUUUUUUGACAGUUGUAAUCACCAGCUGAGACUCUCCAUUUUGGUUUGAAGAGUUAUAUCUUAAGUUCUUGUUUUUUUGAGAUUUCAGGACCAUUUGUAUUUUUAUUAGCUUUUUUAUUCAACUCACUGCAGAGUCUACUUUUAUGACUGACUAUGCUAAACUUAAAGUAGUGUGAAAUUUCCAUCAUUAGUGAGGACCUGGAUUUCACCCAAAUUCAUUAUUCUCUGCCAUCAGCAAUUUAAUGAA